AUGUCUAUCAGCAUUCCAACUUCUCCUAUCACACCUCCAAUGGCAAAUGUAGGUGAUCGUAUGAUCACCUUGGAACUAAAGGACGGGACAACUCUACAGGGUUACUCUUUCGGUGCCGAAACAACCACAGCUGGUGAAUUGGUUUUCCAAACCGGUAUGGUCGGCUACCCUGAAUCCAUCACUGAUCCUUCUUAUGAAGGUCAAAUUUUGGUUAUUACCUAUCCGUUGGUUGGUAACUAUGGUGUUCCAGACCGUAAACUAAUGGAUGAAUAUGUCGAAUCAUUGCCACGUUACUUUGAAUCGAACAGAAUUCACAUUGCUGGUUUGGUUGUAGCUCACUACACCGAAGAAUAUUCGCACUGGUUAGCCGAAUCUUCUUUAAGUAAGUGGUUAAAGGAAAGCAACAUUCCUGCCGUUUAUGGUAUUGACACAAGAAGUUUGACAAAACACUUAAGAGAAUGUGGUUCCAUGUUGGGUAGAUUCGCUUUACAAAAGGAAAACUCUUCCUUUGAAGUUGCUAACUCAGCCGAAUGGAUCUCUCACUUUGAUAUCCCAGAAUGGUCUGAUCCUAACGUCCAAAAUUUAGUCGAGAAGGUGUCUUUGAAAGAACCAAAGCUAUUUGUCCCAAACCAUCCAGAUAUAGACCCAGUUACUGGCCCAGAUGGUAAGACUCUAAGAAUUGUUGCUGUUGAUGUCGGUAUGAAGUACAACCAAAUCCGUUGUUUCGUGAAGCGCGGUGUUGAAUUGCUGGUUGUACCAUGGAAUUACGAUUUCACUAACGAGCAAUACGAUGGUUUGUUCAUUUCAAACGGUCCAGGUAACCCUGCCAUCCUAGAAGAGGUCUCUGCAAGAUUAAGCACUGUUCUUGAAGCAAAGAAGACCCCUGUCUUUGGUAUUUGUUUGGGUCAUCAAUUGCUUGCCCGUGCUUCUGGUGCAUCUACUCUCAAGAUGAAGUUCGGUAACAGAGGUCACAAUAUCCCAUGUACCUCUACUAUAUCUGGUAGAUGUUAUAUUACUUCCCAGAACCAUGGUUUCGCUGUUGAUGAAAGCACCUUAUCUAAUGGCUGGAAGCCUUUGUUCACAAACGCCAAUGAUGGUUCUAACGAAGGUAUCUACCACUCAGAAUUACCAUACUUCUCUGUUCAAUUCCACCCAGAGUCUACUCCAGGUCCAAGAGACACAGAAUUCUUAUUCGAUGUUUUCAUUCAAUCUGUUUUGGAAUUCAAGCAAACUGGUGUUUUGAAGCAAGUCGAAUUCCCAGGUGGAAAGAUUGAAGAUAAUUUGGCCGCUCAUCCAAGAGAAGACGUCAAGAAGGUUCUUGUCUUGGGUUCUGGUGGUCUUUCUAUCGGUCAAGCUGGUGAAUUCGAUUACUCAGGUUCUCAAGCCAUCAAGGCUUUGAAGGAAGAAGGUAUCUACACUAUUUUGAUCAACCCUAACAUUGCUACCAUCCAAACAUCUAAGGGUUUAGCUGAUAAGGUCUACUUCUUACCAGUUACUGCUGAAUUUGUUAGAAAGGUCAUUUUACAUGAACGCCCUGAUGCUAUCUACGUCACUUUCGGUGGUCAAACUGCUUUGUCCGUUGGUAUUGAAAUGAAGGACGAAUUUGAAACUUUGGGUGUCAAGGUUCUAGGUACUCCUAUCGAAACCGUUAUCACCACAGAAGAUCGUGAGCUUUUCGCCAAUGCUAUGGAUGAAAUUAAUGAGAAGUGCGCAAAGUCUAAAGCCGCCUCUACUGUUGAAGAAGCUGUCGAAGCCGUUAAGGAUAUCGGAUAUCCAGUUAUUGUCCGUGCAGCUUAUGCUUUAGGUGGUUUAGGAUCUGGUUUCGCUAAGAAUGACCAAGAAUUGAUUGAAUUAUGUAACGUUGCAUUUGCUUCCUCUCCUCAAGUUCUAGUCGAGAAAUCUAUGAAGGGUUGGAAAGAAAUUGAAUACGAAGUUGUUCGUGAUGCAUUCGACAACUGUAUUACCGUCUGUAACAUGGAAAACUUCGACCCUCUUGGUAUCCAUACUGGUGACUCCAUUGUUGUUGCCCCAUCCCAAACUUUAUCCGAUGAAGACUACAAUAUGUUGAGAACCACCGCGGUUAAUGUUAUUAGACACUUGGGUGUUGUUGGUGAGUGUAACAUUCAAUAUGCUUUGAAUCCAACCUCUAAAGAAUAUUGUAUCAUCGAAGUCAAUGCUCGUCUAUCUCGUUCUUCUGCUCUUGCAUCAAAGGCUACUGGUUAUCCUUUGGCUUAUACCGCAGCAAAAUUAGGUUUGAACAUUCCUUUGAAUGAAGUGAAGAAUUCUGUCACUCGUUCAACUUGUGCUUGCUUUGAACCUUCCUUAGAUUACUGUGUCGUAAAAAUGCCAAGAUGGGAUUUGAAGAAGUUUACUCGUGUUUCAACUCUGUUGUCCUCUUCAAUGAAAUCUGUUGGUGAAGUUAUGAGUAUUGGUAGAACCUUCGAGGAAGCCAUUCAAAAAGCUAUUAGAUCAACGGAAUAUGCAAACUUAGGUUUCAAUGAAACAGAUCUAGAGAUUGACAUCGAUUACGAAUUGAGCAACCCAUCUGAUAUGAGAAUAUUUGCUAUUGCCAAUGCUUUCUCCAAAUUAGGCUACACUGUUGAUCAAGUUUGGGAAAAGACUAACAUUGACAAGUGGUUCUUGAACAAAUUGUAUGAUCUAAUUAAGUUUGCUGAUAAGAUCAAGUCAUUUGGAUCGAAGGAAAACCUACCAGUUCUAGUUUUGAAACAGGCAAAGCAAUUAGGCUUUGAGGACAGACAGAUCGCCAAGUUCUUGAAUUCUAAUGAAGUUGCAAUCCGUCGUUUGAGGAAAGAAUAUGGCAUUAUUCCAUUUGUCAAACAAAUUGAUACAGUUGCUGCUGAAUUCCCAGCUUUCACCAACUACUUAUACUUAACAUACAAUGCUGCAUCUCACGAUCUAGACUUCAAUGACCAUGGUGUCAUGGUUCUAGGUUCUGGUGUUUACCGUAUUGGUUCCUCUGUUGAAUUUGAUUGGUGUGCUGUCACAGCUGUCAGAACUCUGCGUAAGAACAAUGUCAAAACAAUCAUGGUUAAUUAUAACCCAGAAACAGUCUCUACAGACUAUGACGAAGCCGACAGAUUAUAUUUCGAAACAAUCAACUUAGAAAGAAUUAUGGAUAUCUAUGAAUUGGAAAACUCUGCAGGUGUUGUUGUAUCUAUGGGUGGUCAAACCUCUAACAACAUUGCAAUGUCGCUACAUCGUGAGAACGUUAAGAUUUUGGGUACCUCUCCUGAAAUGAUUGAUUCAGCUGAAAAUCGUUACAAGUUCUCUCGUAUGUUGGAUCAAAUCGGUGUCGAUCAACCCGCUUGGAAGGAAUUGACCUCAAUUGAAGAGGCUGAAGACUUUGCUGAAAAGGUUAGCUACCCUGUCUUAGUGAGACCUUCUUAUGUUUUGUCAGGUGCUGCGAUGAACACUGUCUACUCUAGGGACGAUUUGGAAUCUUACUUGAAUCAAGCAGUUGAAGUUUCUCGUGACUACCCUGUUGUCAUUACUAAGUAUAUUGAAAAUGCUAAGGAAAUCGAAAUGGAUGCAGUUGCAUUGGAUGGUGAAUUGAUUAUGCACGUUGUUUCCGAGCAUGUGGAAAAUGCAGGUGUGCAUUCUGGUGAUGCAACAUUGAUUGUUCCACCUCAAGAUUUAGACCCAGAAACUGUUCGUAGAAUCGUGGAGGCAACUGCUAAGAUUGGUAGAGCAUUACAAAUUACUGGUCCUUACAACAUCCAAUUUAUUGCAAAGAACAACGAGAUUAAGGUCAUUGAAUGUAAUGUUAGAGCUUCUCGUUCUUUCCCAUUCAUUUCCAAGGUUGUUGGUGUUAACUUGAUUGAAAUGGCUACUAAGGCUAUCAUGGGCUUACCAGUCACACCUUACCCUGUCGAAAAACUUCCAGAAGAUUAUGUCGCAAUUAAAGUUCCACAAUUCUCUUUCCCACGUUUAGCAGGUGCUGAUCCUGUUUUGGGUGUUGAAAUGGCUUCUACUGGUGAAGUUGCUACCUUUGGUCAUUCUAAAUAUGAAGCUUACUUGAAGUCUCUAUUGGCAACUGGAUUCAAAUUACCUAAGAAGAACAUCCUUCUAUCUAUUGGUUCUUACAAAGAAAAGCAAGAAUUACUACCAUGUGUCAAGAAAUUGUACAACAUGGGUUAUAAGCUAUUUGCUACUGCGGGUACUGCCGAUUUCAUUUCUGAACAUGGUAUUCCUGUGCAAUAUUUGGAAGUGUUGAAUGAAGAAAAUGAAGAAAAGUCCGAGUACUCCUUGACUCAACAUUUGGCUAAUAACAAAAUUGAUCUAUACAUCAACUUACCAUCUGCAAACAGAUUCCGCCGUCCAGCUUCUUAUGUUUCAAAGGGUUACAGAACUCGUCGUAUGGCCGUUGAUUUCUCCGUUCCUCUAGUGACGAACGUCAAGUGUGCGAAGUUAUUGAUCGAAGCCUUAUCUAGAAACUUAUCUUUGGAUGUGUCAGAACGUGAUGCUCAAACUUCUCACAGAACCGUUACUAUUCCAGGUUUAAUUAAUAUCGCUGCUUAUGUUCCAAACAUUUCCAAUGUUUUGUUAGGCCCAGAUGAACUAAAGGAAGUGACUCGUCUAUCUGUUGAGUCUGGUUUCACUUACUCUCAGAUUAUGCCAAAGUCAACUUCAGGCCCCGUGAUCACUGAUGCCGCCUCUUUGAAGGUGGCAAACUCUGUUGUCAAGGAUUCUGCUUACACCAACUUUGGAUUCACAGUAGCUGGUACUCCAAACAAUUGCAAGGAAGUCUCAAAUGUUGCCAAUGAGGCCACUUCUUUGUACUUGCCAUACCGUGAACUUACAAACAAUGUGUACGCAGCAUCAGAACAUUUGAAGCACUGGCCUUUGGACAAGCCUGUUAUUGCUGAAGCCAAAACUUCAGACCUUGCUUCCAUCAUUUUGUUAGCAUCUCUUCAAAACAGAUCUAUUCAUAUCACUGGUGUUUCAAACAAACAAGAUCUGUCUUUGAUCAUGGCUGUUAAGGAAAAGCAGUCUAAUGUCACUUGUGAUGUUAACAUCCAUUCUUUGUUUGUUUCUCAGGAUGACUACCCAGAAGCAAGAUUUUUACCAACCAAGUCUGACCAAGACUUCUUCUGGGCUAAUCUAGAUUCCAUUGAUGCUUUCUCAAUCGGUUCUCUACCAACAUCUCUCGCUGCUAUUACAGGUAACGAAAUUGUUACUGGCCUUGGUAUCAAGGAAGCAUUGCCAUUGUUGCUAUCUGCUGUUAAUGAUGGAAGACUAACAAUUGAUGACAUUGUUCUCCGUCUACACACUAACCCAGCUAAGAUCUUCAGCAUCCCUGAGCAAAACUCUGCUGUUGAAGUUGAUCUUGACUUCACCUUCAGGCACACAAAGAGAUGGUCUCCUUACCAAAAGGGUGGUUUAACUGGUGGUAUUCAACGUGUUUUAAUCAACGAUGAGACAAUUGUGCUAUCUGGUGACUUGGUUGCUACUGAGGCAAAGGGUCAACCAAUUUUACCUUCCAAGUUGGCACCAGCUACCCCUGCAGUUGCUAAGGAUAUUCCACUAGCUAAUGUUGGUACACCUCAAUUGACAUCCGCUCCAACUUCAAGAAAGAGAUUCUCUUUCUCUAAUGAAAGAAGACUUUCCAUCAAUUCCUUUGAUGGCGAUGACGAGGAAGCCAUUAUCGAUCAACCAUUGGAACAAAGAUUGAUGUCUUCCAGACCACCUAAGGAACUAUUGGCCCCAGGUGUUUUGUUCAACUUGAUUCGUACAAAGAAUCCAUUUUUGAGAAGAAAUAUUCUAUCUGUUAACCAAUUUAAGCGUUCUGAUUUCCAUGCUUUGUUUGCAGUUGCUCAAGAAUUGAGAGCUGGUGUUGAGAGAGAGGGUGUUUUGGACGUCAUGAAGGGUCGUGUCUUAACAACCUUGUUCUAUGAACCAUCCACUCGUACUUCUUCCUCUUUCAUCGCUGCUAUGGAACGUCUAGGUGGUAGAACUGUCAAUAUUAACACAUCUGCUUCCUCUGUGAAGAAGGGUGAAACUCUACAAGACACAAUCAGAACUUUGGCAUGUUACUCUGAUGCCAUUGUUCUAAGACAUCCUGAUGAAAUGUCUGCUCACAUUGCUGCUAAAUUCUCUCCUGUUCCAAUCAUCAACGGAGGUAACGGCUCUCGUGAACACCCUACUCAAGCUUUCUUAGAUCUUUUCACCAUUCGUGAAGAAUUAGGUACUGUGAAUGGUAUUACUGUCACAUUCAUGGGUGAUUUGAAAUUCGGUAGACCAGUGCACUCCUUGUGCCGUCUAUUACAACAUUACCAAGUUAGAAUUAACUUGGUUGCUCCAAAGGAAUUGAGAUUGCCAAACGCCUUGCGUAAGGAGUUGGAGAAAUCCGGCUUGCUUGGCGUUGAAAGUGAGGAAUUGACUCCAGAGAUCAUCUCUAAGUCUGAUGUUUUGUACUGUACCAGAGUUCAACAAGAGAGAUUUGAAAAUGAGGAAGAUUAUUUGAAAUUGAAGGACACUUACAUUGUUGACAACAAAAUCUUAUCUCACGCUAAGCAACAAAUGGUUAUCAUGCAUCCAUUGCCUCGUGUGAACGAAAUUAGAGAAGAAGUUGACUACGAUCACCGUGCUGCCUACUUCAGACAAAUGAGAUAUGGUCUCUUUGUCAGAAUGGCUCUAUUAGCCAUGGUUAUGGGUGUUGACAUGUAA